AUGCCGAAGAUAGAUGACACGAACAAGGAUUUGGAUGAUGGUGAGGUGUUCUACUAUGCUGAUAGUAGUAGUGCGCAAUGGCAGUUGUCAAGUGAUAGGAUUGGAGAUGGUGGAGCUAUUGCCAAGACUGUGAAUCAGAUGUUUCAGGCCAAGAAGAAUAAAGUAUGGUAUUUAAAGUGGCAAGAACUUUCUUUACAAAACAAGAAGUUGUAAGAACUUUCUUUACGAAACGAGAAAUAGCAAGAACUUUCUUUACAAAACGAGAAAUAGUAAGAACUUUUUUUACAAAACGAGAAAUAGCAAGAACUUUCUUUACAAGACGAGAAAUAGCAAGAACUUUCUUUACAAAACGAGAAAUAGCAAGAACUUUCUUUACAAAAACUUUCUUUACAAUUCUCAAACUCGCUAAAUUUAAAUUUCAGAAGGACUUCUUCGUAGCCUACAACGAUGAGCAUCCAGACACGAACAAGACCGACUCUUACCGUGGACACGCCAAAGGUAUCGUCGUAUCUGAUGACAUUUCCGGCUACUGGCUGAUCCACUCAGUCCCACUAUUUCCAUCGACCAAGACCGGUCGAUACGUCUAUCCAGAGACCGGUCUUCGCUUCGGCCAAACCUUUGUCUGUGUUACAGUAUCUUCAGCCGAUUUGGACGUCAUUGGAAGUCAGCUACUAUACAUUCAGGCUUCUGUUUAUGAUUCUCAGCUACCGUCAUCGUACGAAAAGCUGUAUCCAGAUUUGGCAAAAGCGGUGAAGAAGCAGUCGCUGAAGGGAAAGACCUACUUUAAUGUGGCCAAUAUCACUACGCUUGGUGGACAACAGUUUGUCAGCUUUGCCAAACAUAAAAAGUUUGCUAAAGGUAGGGGUUUUACACGGACGGGUAGAGGUAGAAACAGAGCUCAAAAAAUUCUUUUUUUAUUUUUUAGGCUUUGCAUACAAUGUUUUAGGCUUAACGCACAUUUCGUAGGCUAAGCUUUUUAAGUUUAGGCCUAGUACAUAAUUUUAACUUAUAAUACAAUUUCUAGGUUUAGCUACUAUUUUUAAGUCUAGCACGCAACUUUAGGCUUAACACUUAAUUUUUAGGCUUAGUACGCAAUUUGUUGGCUUAAACAUAAGCUUUACGCUUAAAAAUCAUUUUUAGGCUUAGCACACUAUUUUUAGGCUUAUUAUGCGAUUUUAAGCUUAACACAAAAUUUUUAGGCUUAGCACGCUAUUUUUAGGCUUAAUACACAUCUUGUAGGCUUAAAACACAAUUUUUAGACUUAGCACAUAAUUUUUCGGCUUAGCAAUGAGUUUUAGGCUUAGUAUACAAUUUUUAGGCUUAACACACAUUUUUUAGCCUAGCAUUCAAUUUUUAGGUUUAGCAGAGAGUUUUUGGUUUAGCAUAAUAUUUUUAGGCUUAGCACACUGUUUUUAGGCUUAACAAACAAUGUUUAGGCUUAGCAUUUUUAGGAUUACCACAUAAUUUUUUCAGAUCUCUAUUCUGAGUUGGUAGCCACGAAUCUGAAAGCAUCGUUCUUCGUAGAAACUUGGCUCAACGGCCCUGGUGAUAUGUUAUCAGAGUGUACUUCAAGGUACAAGGUUUACAACUUGAGAUCAGUUCAAGUGCUACAACACGACUUUACCAGUAGUAAGGACCAUUCGAAAUGGGCUGUCAGUACGACGGAAAGCGACGCUUGGGCUUGUAUUGGCGAUAUUAAUCGACAGGUCGGUUUUUUGGGUAGGGGUAGGGUACGGUAGGGUAAGUAGGGUAUGUUAGGGUAGAGUAUGGUAGGGUAAGGCAGGGUAGAGUAGGGUAUGGUAGGGUAGGGUACGAUAGGGUACGGUAAGGUAGAGGGAGACAUUUUUAAAUAAAAAAAUUACUGUAGCAUACUGUAUUUUACUUAAAGAAUUUGUAGAAGUCCCAAAACAACCGCGGUGGCGGUACCCUCUGCCUUUGCGACCGGUCGAUUUGGCGUUUGUUCCGAGAAAUUGUGGACCACGUGGAGUGUUGUCCUAACAAUUCUUUCAAAGUUUCCAGAUUUACAGGUAAAUCAUCUACUACAACACCGAUUACUGCUGUGAUCACUGCAUUACUAACGGCUUUUAUUAGUUGUUAUUAAUUUUUAUUAACCUUGUCAUUUUUGACAUAUUUUUUAAAUUUAGGUAAUCCAGUCUUGUGCAUUAGAAAUGAGGAUUUCGAUUUUUUUUAAAAUUAUUGGGUUGUUCAAGUAAUUCUGUGCCUAACCGCGAAAAAUUUGAAUUGAAAGGCUCAGAAUUAUUUGAACAACCUAUAUAAUAUAUCAUUCCGGCAAUGGCUUAUCCUAACACCACUCGAAUGUAUAUUGAUCUUACUUAUGUAUGCAAUACUAAUCACAGUCUACUCAUACCUCUACUUUACCCUACCAUAACUUCCCCUACUCCACACUACCUGUCCUUACACUACCCUAACCUGCUUUACCCUAUCUUCCCCUACCCUCACCCUACUCUCACUCUUACCUUCACUCUUACUUUUGCCCUAACUUACCCUACCCCCACCCCUACCUUACCCUAACUUGCCCUACCUUAUGUUACCCUAUUCUACCCUACCCCUACCCUACCGUAUCUUACCCUACCCUGCCCUACUUUACUCUACCCCUAUCUAUUUUUGAAUCUAUUUCUAUAACCUUUAGUCUGCCUUUGUAACUUACUCCAGCGUAUCUCACUGUGCAAUGCUUUAACGUACUCUACAAUAACCAGUUCAGGCUUUUAGCUUCAUUAUCCUUACCUUACUUCUCCCCCCCCCCCUCUCCCUGCUCCCCUCCGCCGUAUCCUAAUUUAAAUUUUACCUUAUUUGAUCUUUAUAUUUUGUUAUCAUUCUAAUUUUUUUUUGCCUAACAACCUUACCUAACUUUUAUUACAGUACCCACGAAAGCCGGCCAGCCCUGUUAG